GUCAACUCGUCUCCAAUUCUAAACUCCAAACCAUUCCAUUUGUGCACACCAAAAGGUUCAUGGGAUCAGGCCUCUCUAGCGAUCACCGGAGCAGAGACUCGCUUAACCAGCCGCCGCCGGCCCGGGUCAUCGCCGCGGACGGCUCGCUGAGGGAGUUCCCGCCAUCCUCCUCCCCUGCCAGCGUCUCCGAUGUGCUCGGCAGGAAUGCGGACCGGUUCUUCGUGUGCAACUCCGACGCGCUCUACUUCGACGCGGACGUGCCGGAUCUCGGCGGGGACGAGCUGCUCCGGCCGGGCCAGAUAUACUUCGUCCUCCCCGCGGCGAUUCUCGGGCGGCCGCUCUCGAGCGCUGACAUGGCCGCGCUCGCCGUGCGGGCGAACGAGGCGCUGGCGACCAGAGCACGGCCGCGUGGGCGCGCGCGCUGUCUCGGCAUCAAGAAGGCGCGCGUCGUGCCGGCACACGCGGCGAGUGGGUGUGACGACGGCGACGGCGAAGUCAACGAGAAGCUGAACCAGAGAACUCUUGGAAACUUCGAGACGACUUCACCGAGUCCGGCGAGAAAUGCCAAGAAGUUGGUGGUGGCGGCACGGCCGCCGAUCAAGAGGCCGCUCAGCACCAUCGAAGAGGAAGCCGAGUGAUAAAACGUCGUGAAAGCGCGCGUAUUGAAUGCCAAGUGAUAAAAUGCACGGAAACAUAAGCUUGAUAGCCUUGAUUGAUAGGUUCAUUUUUUUUAUUGACAAUUUUUCAGAUAAGGAGUUCAAGAUUUCAAGAUAGGGAGAAUUAAAAAAGGAUAGAAAUUCUUGUUGAUUGGUUGGUCUUCCUUUGUAUACUAAAGGAAAAUAAAUGUUGCUCGUUGACAUGAUGCGCCA